ACCAUUACACCAAGUACUGCAACAUUCUUAAUGUGUAGUUUGUUCUGAUUUUGUGUUGUUUGGAUUAUGAUUAUGUUUUCUAGCGCGCUCCUCUGGUUCAUCGCAAGAAUUGCAAGGCCCAUCUGUUUACAAGCGUAUGCCCCAUGCCAUUGGGCUAGCUCGAAAUACAUACCCAGCAAAACAUUACCUAGUAUACCUUGGGGUGAAUGAAAACUCACUUGAUAUUGAAACGUCCAUUCACUGCGCCUUGCUCCACAGGGAAGUAAUUAUUAAGCUACAGAAACCUGCGUAUCUUCUUGCUUGCCAACACAAUCACAACACACGUUCAGCUAGCUAGCUAAUUAGCCUACUAGCAACAUCCUGCAUUCCUCCCGGUUCCUGCACCACGAGAGUGAGGUCUCUAAGGUAGUCAUGUCAGGCAUCAAGAGGAAGAUUGAGGACAAGGAUCCAGACUAUGAGGACAUCUCACAGGUUCAGGAGAAUAAGCGACACAAAGUUGUGGAACAAAAUGCAAGGGAAGCUACGGUGCAGAAGAUUGAGGUCAUCAUCAAGAACCAGUUCUCAUUGGAGAUGAAGAACAAAGAGCAUGAGAUUGAAGUGAUUGGUCAGCGGCUGAAUGAGGCCAGGCGAAUGAUGGACAAGCUCAGAGCCUGUAUAGUGGCCAAUUAUUAUGCCAAUGCUGGGAUGCCCAAGAUCCAAGAGCAGGCCUCCAAGAGUGACCCGGCAGUGCUGAACCACCCGGCGAUCAGGCGUUUCCUGGAGUCCCCCUCCCGCUCCUCGUCCCCCCUCAACCAGGGCUCGGACGCCCACUCCCUGGGGCCCUCGGAGGCUGAGUCCCUGUCCCAGCAGGGCGAGGGACCAGAUAAGGAUUUGGAGGGGGCCUGGAGAGAGGACGGUGGACGGCAGGAACGUAGACCGGGCCGAAACACAGGGAAGGACACGUUUGGGGUCCCGUCUUCAGUAGUGGGGGAGCAGAGAGUGACCUACCACACUACAAGUGACCAGGCCUCCAGGCUCUACAUUAAGAAGACCAUCGUCGUGGGAAAUGUCUCAAAGUAUAUCCCCCCUGACAAGCGGGAGGAAAAUGACCAGUCGACCCAUAAAUGGAUGGUGUAUGUCCGAGGCUCCCGGAGAGAGCCCAGCAUUGACCACUUUGUGAAGAAAGUCUGGUUCUUUCUACAUCCCAGCUACAAACCCAAUGACCUGGUUGAAGUCAGUGAGCCUCCAUUCCACCUGACUCGUCGUGGUUGGGGGGAGUUUCCUGUCCGAAUCCAGAUCCACUUCAAAGACCCUCGGAACAAACGCAUAGACAUCAUACACCACCUCAAGCUGGACAGAACGUACACCGGCCUUCAGACGCUGGGGGCAGAAACGGUGGUGGAUGUGGAGCUCCACAGGAACUCCCUGGGGGACGACUACGCCCCCUUCCCCUCUUCCUCCCACAGCCACCACAAUCGUGCAGCUAGUCCCAUGCCCCCCUCCCCUCUGCCCCAGACCCCAGGCCUUCUCCCUGACCGCUGCAGCUCUCCGCUCCCCCUCUCACAGGACAGCCAUCCCACCAUGGCAGAGAAAGGUCUCCCCGUCAAAGCCGAGUCUGGGAGGUCUGGACUGUACAUCGCGCCCCUCACAGCGUCUGAGCGCGCCCCGUCUAGGCCUAAAGUUACAGAGAAGAUUUUGCUGGGUUCCCAUGGCAAUUCUGCCUUCCAGCCAAUUACAGCCAGUUGUAAGAUCAUCCCCCAGGGACAGGCACCCAGCCCUUCUGAGUCCCCUGGGAAAUCCUUUCAGCCAAUCACCAUGAGUUGUAAGAUUGUGUCAGGUUCGCCAAUCUCAACGCCCAGCCAUUCACCACUCCCGCGGACCCCCACUUCCACCCCAAUACACACCAAACAGGGCUCCUCCAUGCUUAACAACCCUUACAUAAUCGUCGACAAGCCCAGCCAGGUCAUUGGCAUGACAACGACCUCCGCCUACGCAGGAAGUCCGUCAGCUAAGCAGUCGGGUGUGACGCAGGGCACUCGCUCUCCAGCCCCCAAGGUUCCCACAGGCAGCUUCCUGUCCUCAGGCAUCAAGGUCAUUAUCAAGCAGGAGCCAGGAGAAGUUCCCACUCAGCAGCACCAGAUGGUUUCCACGGUAACGGCAGCCCAGCAGCCCGCAACACAGCAGUUUGUCGCAGUGAAGGGAGGUCAUGUGAUCUCCAUGUCGCCACAGAAACAGACAGCAGGGGCCUCUGGGACUGGGGCCACACCCAGCAAGGUCCUGGGUAUUCCUGUAAGCUCCGCCCUCCAGGCAGCAGUUAAGCAGGUGGCCAUUAGCAGCGGCCAGAUCCUGGUCGCCAAGGGUAACCCCUCUGUCUCCAAGGUGAUGGGGGGGAAGCAGGUGGUCGCUCAGGGUGUUGCCAAGGCUAUCGUGAGCGGGGGGGCCGGUAGCAUCGUGGGUCAGCAGGUCAUUGCUAAGGCAACAGGGGUUGCGGGGGGAACAGGAAAAAGUGGAGUGAUGGCAACCCUCCAGCUGCCAGCCAACAACCUUGCCAAUCUUGCCAACCUGCCCCCGGGCACCAAGCUCUACCUCACCACCAACAGCAAGAACCCGUCAGGGAAGGGCAAGCUGCUGCUCAUACCGCAGGGAGCCAUCCUCAGAGCCUCCAAUUCAUCAGGUCAGCAGUCCCAGAGCAGCUCCUCUACGGGCUCCGGUUCUCAGACUCCAACCUCCUCCUCAAGCAGUCUACCUUCUAACCUCUCCUACACAUCAUACAUCCUCAAACAGACUCCACAGGGCACUUUCUUGGUUGGUCAGCCGGCGUCGCAGAGCGUGGGGAAGCACGGGGCAACAGGCUCCGCCAGUAACGUGGUGUCGUCCCCUGCAGCGGUCACCCAGCAGGCCAUUCGGGUCACCGCUGGUCAGAAGGCUGCCAUUUUGGCUCAGGCACUGGGCGGGUCCCAAGCCUCCCAGGUAAAGCUGUCUGAUGGCACAGUGAAGAUGGUAACCACAGCGACAGCUGCUCACCUGUCGAAACCUGGCACAACCACACUCAGGAUGACAGGCGGAGUCAUCACUGCCACUAGCUCCACCCCCAGUGCUGUCACCAUCCCCGCUGCCACGGCAACUGUCAGUCAUCAGCUUGCGGAUGGUUCGGUUCAGGCCAAACCUCUGUCACAUUCUGUCCUGAUGGCAGCCAACCAGGCCGCAGUCAUCAGUGCCGCAAAGAACGCCAGUGCCGCUACCGCCGUUACCAUGACCAAGAACGCCACGGCAACUGCCGUUACCAAAAGUGUUGCCGGUUUGGUUACCAUGACGAAGGGUGCCGCUGCGACCGUCACCUUGACAAAGGGUCCUAACCCAUCUGGCACCGUGGUCACGGUGGCCAAGAGUGUAAACAACAUGCCCGUCAUCAGCAUGGCCAAAGGGGCGGGGUCUACGGUUGUGGGCGUGCCAAAGAGUGCCAGCACCACAUUGGUCAGUGGAAUGACUGCAGGGGGAGGGAAGACUGCGGCCACUCUUUCAGGUAUGCUGAAGAUCCACUCGGGCGCGUCCAGCUCCCAGCAGACAGUCCUGACCAUCCCCACCAACCAGCUCAAACAGCUGGGGGUGGGCACAGCCACAGGGGGGCUACAGACCAUACUCAUGCCGGUUGGCAAAGUAGUCCAGUCUAGCAGUGUAUGUAAAGGGCCAGCUCCCAGUCCUGCAGCUGGAGCCACUCCCAGCCCUGCAGCCGGAGCUACUCCCAGUCGUGCAGCUGGAGCCCAGGCCUUCCCGACCCCCUCCCUCCCCCUGCCUCCGGCUCAAGUCAAGACUGAGCCAGGACUCUCUACACCCAUCUCUACUACACCUGCUCCGUCGCCCCCGGUAACAGCCCCUGUCGCUUGCUCAACCCCUGUACCUGCCCCCCCCACUGCCUGCGCCUCAGUCAAACUGGAGCAGGGCGCUGAUGUCACAACCCACCACCUCGUUGAGGUCAUCAAUACGGAACAUAUAGAGACCCUGAUGCAGCUGCUCACCGCCGUGGUGAAGAAGUUCCCCCUCAUUGUACCAGAGAAAACCGAAGACUCCCAUCCGUUCUGUGCAGUGUCUACGGAGCAAUACUACUCCUGGAACAUCGGGAAACGCAGGGCUGCAGAGCUCCAGCGGGCGGUGGCUGUGAAGCGUGUGGUCCAGGAUGUGCUGGAGCGCUGCCCACGCCUGCAGGCCCUCACCCCCCCUAAGACCAGAGAGGUAGUCCAGUGGUGCCGACAGCGAGGCUACACGCCCCCGGACCCCGAGCCCCAGCGCAGCGCUCGGCCUGAGGAAGGAUCCAUGGAGGACAUCCUGACACAGAUAGACAACGAGCCAGAGUGCCCCUCUACUCUGGGUAGCUGUGAGGAGCUGGUUCAGCGGUUGGAGCAGCUACAGACCUUGCUGAAGACUGAGCCCGAGGACCAUGACGAUGAGGUCCUGGACAUCAUCAGUGUGACUCCUCCUUCCCAGAGGUUAAAGGUCAAGGAGGAGGAACAGGAAGAUGACCCUGAACCAAAGUACUUCCUUGCUCCAGAACCCGCGACCCAGUUCAUCAGCGACACAGCCCAACAGAUUGGUGUAUCCUUCCAGCAGGUGGAGGUGGUGAAGAAUGUGUUUGCACCAGUGAUGGAGGCAAUGAUACUUAAGGCCACAGAGCAGUUUGCCAGUGACAUCCUGAGAGAAGCCCUGGCAGGAGCCCAUGUCAGGUCCUCUCAGAACAGGCCUCCCCGGGAGAUAACAGCCAUGAACAUCCACCAAGCCAUCUGUGCCAUCCCCACCUGUGACUUCCUCACCAACACCCACAUGGGCUACCUGACCAAGGAGGACUGACACACACACACACACACAUUACCGAAGGAGAACGUCCACUCGGAGGACGCUGCUGCCAGCACUUCCGCCUGGAGACAGUUUGGUCCGAUGUGGUCCCGUCUGUCCACUGUUGAACUGAACCACGGUCUGUGUAGAAGAGCACUACGGCUGCAACAGGAACCGUCGGACCGCGUCAGUUUGUCACCCGGUUCCUCUCACCGUCUAUUUGGUUUCGCCUGCCACAUUCGCUGUCCCAUCCACUCCAGUCAUUAUCGAGAUGAACUGUGAUUAGUUGCUUUAGCUAAGGGCUCCUGGAAAUGCAGAACCAAUUUGUUUCUGUUAGUUUAACUGAAACUUUAAACAAUGAGUCUGCUACUUUUCCUAUCUGCUGUUUCAAGAACGCAGACAACACUAACAUCUGGGUGAAUUUCAGGACUGCGGAAUUCUGGUUUAGAGAAGACAAGACUUAUUGUAGCCAGGCAACAAGUGUUCAGCGGGGGUGUCUUAGCAAAGGCCACCCCGGGACCAUUCAUAACAUAGUUGGCAAAGCCCGUUCUUUAAUAAUCUCUUUGGGUCUGUAUAAACAAGUCCACCUGACCCUUACUAAUGUACUGUCCCUCCUGCUGCAGGGACAAUAAAGGAAGCAAAUCUCCGGCUUUAAGGGAACCUUUAAAAUGCUUUUGAAUGUUAACACAGGUGAGAUUAUCUCCUCUACAGUUAAUGUUAACACAGGUGAGAUUAUCUCCUCUACAGUUAAUGGGUGGGUUGAACAGUCAGUACCAUUACAUGGGGUUCUAGUGUCAGGUGUUUCUUUGAGUGACUGUUAUGCUAGGUUAUGUAUCCCCAUUCUGGUCCCUCAACCCCCCCAACCCCCCCAGUCUGGGGACUGAACAACAUCACAUGAACGUUGUAUUAAACAUAGUUGGCCUAUAAAUGUUUUCUAAUGGUUAAAAAAAAGAAAUAUGGGACAGUUUGUCUGGAUUAUGUGUUGAAAUAUUAAGAUAAAGAGAAGAGUGAAGCGGCUUACAAACAUUCUGUAUUGAUUAGACAACUUCCCUUAAUACCAGUCUUAAUUUUAAUAUACUAUGCUGGGAGCAGUCCCAUUGUCACUAAUUUAAUCAAGAGAUACCUUGAACCAUAAAUUGGAUUGGAGAUGGUUCGGUUAUUUUCCGUUAUGAAUUUUUCGACAUUUCACAGACUCGAUUUUUUUGUUUGUAUUUAGUCAUGAACUGACUAAGUUGGAAUGGAACAAAGACCAAUCCUUACUUGUGUGUCCAGUGUGUAAGCUCCUGACCUGGUCCCAGAUCGAUGUGUGCUCCAGACGACUAAGCAUGUACAUAUGGCAACGUUCAGGACUGGGCCUGCAAAAGCACAUACCAAUCUGGAACGGGACCAGUUCCACAUGUCACUGAAGGACUACUGUUCUCAUCUGAGAAUUCGUAGAUUACAAACACAUUCAUGAGUCCUUGAUUAACAUUGGGUUUUGACCCGGUCCGCUCCCAUUGCGUUGACCGCCUGUUGUUGAAGUACAUUUCAAAUGUUCUGUUUUCCCUACAGGUUGUCUCUCCUUACCACUACAACCGUGCGUGUGUUUCUAGUCUGUAUGAAUGACUGCUUCUGAAUGCAUAUCAAGCCCUGCUACCAGCAACAUCAUUUCUAUGGAGUGUCAGGAGGUUUGUGGUUUUGUGUGCGUUUGUGUAUUUAUGUAUUGGUUUGUGUUUGAGUGAGUAAAUGUGGUUGUGAAGUCUGUGUCUUCUGUAACUGUGUGAGUGAGAAAGUAAAGAUGAAUUAAUGAAAAUAUCUGUUUAUUAUUUUUGAUGUUUUGUACAUGAUUUUUGGUGGGUAUAUAUUUGUUUUUCUGUAUGAAUCUGGUGAGUGUAGUGUGUUGUGUGCUGACUUAAAGGAGUGGUAGCCUUGCCCGUUUGACCAAACUAAGUAUUCUAGAAAUAAUAUCAAUUGACCAUUGUAUAUUAAUUUUCCAGUACACACCAAAAAUAUGAUCAAUAUUCUUGUAAUAAAAUGGAAAACCUGUUUAAAAAAC